AGGGAAGGGCAAGACUCACAAAUAAGACAAGAGAAACGAGAGAGUGAAAACAAUAUUUGGAGGCAGUCAAGACAGCACUGAGUGCAAGAUGUCAGUGAAGGUGCUACAUGUUGUCAUAUUCUUUCUAAUGAGUGAUCUGACCUCCAGCCUUCCUCUGGAAGCUGAAACCCGACAUCGCAGGGCAACAGACGCUUGCACAGAAUGUCCUGCAGGAAAGUACAGGCAGGAACAUACAUGUACAGUGUGUUUACCUUGUCCUGAUAAUACCUUCACCAACAAGACCAACAAAGAGUAUAGCUGCCUUCCCUGCUUUAAUGACUGCAGAAAAGAGUUGCACUUGCAGGUGUUGAGUCCAUGCAGCAAGGUGGCUGAUGUGGUUUGUCAAUGUAUGAAAGGGUUUGUUUGCACUAAGACAGAUAAGUACACAGGACAGUGCCAAAAGUGUAAACUGCAGCCACCUGAGCAGACCACCUAUCACUCAACUGCACAGACCUUUUCUCACACCGUUGCACAGACUGCCUCUUAUGCCCCAGAACAGAUCACCUCGCACCCUCCAGCAUGGACCUCCUUCACGCCCGUUUCAACUGUUCUACAAACAAAGGGGUCAUGGGGUACAAUGUUACAGCUGUACAUUCUGUUUUUAGUUCUGUGUAUUUUACUCGGCAUCAUCACAUUUUAUUUCUACAAACGAAGGAAAAUAGACUGCUUAAAAAAACGCUUAAAGCAAUGCUCGGUACGAAAGCAAAAGGAGGACAGUAAUGCCAUAUCUUCUGAAAUAAACAAGCCAAUCAAACAGCUCCAUGCCCAGGAGACACACACACAAACACCUAGCACUACUAACACAGACUGUCCCACUCCUCAGCCAGCCAGCAGAGAGCAACUUCUUCCGGCUUCUGGAAAUCUAGGUCCUCUCCACAUAUAUGGUGCAGGUACAGUGUUUGUCAGCUUGCUGAACCAAUUUGGACUGAAUGGAGGAGACAAAGAUGAAGAGGAUCUCCGACAGCAGCCUUUAAACAAUAGUGAGAUGCACAGUCCUCCCUCUCCUACGAUCCCUCUGUCCAAGGAGGAAAGGAACAGGGACAUCAGUUACAUCUCUUUCCCCUUUCAGGAGCAAGGGAAGGAGUGUCACAUGUCAAAAGAAGAAGGAUUGUGAUGGAUAUAAACCUUAGUCCUUUUCGUUUGCUGUGUGAUUUUUGUUUAUGGCUCCUCACAACUUUGGCCCUGGGUUUUGGUUCCUGGUUGAGAGCUUCUUUGAGGCAAAAAAGACUAUACCAUCUAACUCUAACCUGGACAUCUUGGCCAUAAUCCUGUGAAAAUGCAGCUGUAUGUGUUUGACUGUGAAAGCAUGCUUACAUGUGUGAGCAUGUGUGAUGGGACACUGUUCAAUGAAGAUUAAUGGAGAGCUCCAAAAGGCCUGGAUAAAACCUGGAUCUACAUAUAUACUUAAUGUCCGACAGUUUUAAAUGUUUCAGCUUAUUAGAAAUAUUUAGAUUUAGUGACUGCAUUCAAAAUUAGGAAGAAUUUGCACAUGAAUUUUUAUCCUAAGUUAUUGUAAAUCUAAUUUUUUUCUGUACUCCUCUGUAAAUCUGUAUAAUUAAAGAAAGAUAGUUCUGCCAUAAAUUCGAAUUGCCCUUACUUCCUUUUUUGACAUGCGAACUGAGGGAUUUUUACUUUUACUUUACUUGUUUACCAAAGGCAAAACCAAUAUCUGUGUCACCUAUGCUUUAUAAGCACCUGAGCUCAUGUACCACAUAUACAAACUGCUAAAACCUCAGACACUUGCUUCACAGUUUCACCACAAAAAUGACUUGGUAAGACUUUUAUUCCCACCAUAUUUUA